AUGGCUGGAGUUUUGAUCGGAGAGGCCUUUAUUUCUGCUUCCAUUCGGGUGAUUUGUGACAGAAUUGCUUCACCCGAGCUCAUCGACUUAUUUCGGCACAAGAAACUGGAUCAACCUCUCCUCAUGAAACUAAAGAGGACGAUGUUGACCUUGAAUGCAGUGCUCGAUGAUGCAGAGGAGAAGCAAAUUGAGAUACUAGCUGUGAGAGAGUGGCUUGACGACCUCAAACAUGCUGUCUUUGAUGCGGAGGACUUGCUGGAUGAGAUCAACUAUGAAGCUUUGCGAUGCAAGCAGGAAGGUGAUGCUCAAACCGACUAUUUCACAAGUAAGGUGUCUACCUUCCUCCCUACUUCUCGUAAUAAAUUUUAUCGAAGGAUGAAUGCUAAGAUACAAGAGUUGUUACAAAGAUUAGAAGAUUUUGUACAACAGAAAGUUGCUCUUGGUCUGAGAGAGGAUGUUGGGAAAAAGGUUUCACAAAGAACUCCAACAACAUCCUUGGUUCAUGAACCUUGUGUAUAUGGGAGAGAUGAAGCCAAACAAAAUUUAUUAGAAGUGUUAUUCGAUGAUGCAAGCGAGGAAAAUGUGUCUGUCAUCCCCAUUGUUGGAAUGGGUGGGGUUGGCAAGACAACCCUUGCUCGAAUGCUUUACAAUGACAAUAAGGUGAAAGAGCAUUUUACCCUUAAGGCUUGGGCUUGUGUUUCAGAAGAUUAUGAUGCUAUCAGGGUAACUAAAACUCUUCUCGAGUCAGUGACUUCAAAACCUUGUAAAAAGACAGAUCUUAAUUUGCUUCAAGUUGAGCUAAGUGAAAAACUGAGGGGGAAGAAAUUUUUGUUUGUAUUGGAUGACCUUUGGAAUGAGAAAUAUACUGAUUGGAACUACCUCCAAACUCCUUUUACUUCAGGGGCAAGGGGAAGUAAAGUCCUCGUAACAACACGGAACAAAAAUAUAGCAUCUUUCAUGCAAAAUGUUCCUAUUCACACCUUGAAACCAUUGUCGCAUGAAGAUUGCUGGUUCUUACUUGCAAAACAUGCAAAUGUAAACUCUAGUUCUGAUCCAAGAUUGGAAGAAAUCGGCAAGAAAAUUGCACGCAAGUGCAAUGGGUUGCCUUUAGCUGCGCAAACACUUGGCGGUGUGUUACGUUCAAGGCCAGACCCUGAGGUAUGGAACAGAGUACUAAACAACAGCAUUUGGGAGUUACCUUACGAGAAAAGUGACAUUCUUCCUGCUCUAGGAUUGAGUUAUCAUUAUCUUCCAGCUAAGUUAAAGCGAUGCUUUAUUUAUUGUUCAAUUUUGCCAAAGGACUAUGAAUUCAUGGUAGAAGAUGUUAUUUUUCUUUGGAUGGCGGAAGGUUUAAUUCCCCAAGCGGAGAAUGGGGACAGCAUGGAAGAAGUGGCUAAGGAAUAUUUUGAUGAACUGUUAUCACGAUCACUAUUUCAAACUUCGGGAAAAUCAAGUUUUGUUAUGCAUUAUCUCAUCAAUGACUUGGCUGUUUUCGUGUCUAAAGGAUUUUGUUCCAGGUGGGAAGGGAGGGAAUCACAUGAAGUAGAAAGAGUUCGCCAUUUGUCAUAUGCUAGGGAAGAAUUAGAUGUUGCUGUUAAAUUUAAGCCAUUAAAAGGGGCUAAGUGUUUGCGUACCUUCCUAUCUCUCUCUUUAAAACCAUACUACAGGCAUGAAAGUUAUUAUGUAAGUAAAAAGGUUCUACAUAAUUUGUUGCCAUCACUAACAUGUUUGCGGGUGUUGUCAUUGUCUUGUUAUACGAAUGUCACUGAGUUACCUGAUUCCAUUAAAAAGCUCAUUCACUUGCGCUAUUUGGAUCUCUCCAAUACUGCAAUUGAAACGUUACCCAAUGUACUAUGCAGCCUCUACAAUUUGCAGACAUUAUUAUUGUCAAAUUGUUCCCGUCUCGUUGAAUUACCUACAGACUUGAGAAAAUUGAUAAAUUUACAGAAAUUGAUGUUGGGAGGUUGUGAUUCUCUUACUAAAUUGCCUGUAGACAUGUGGGAAUUAAUUAAUUUGCAUCAUCUUGACGUGAGUGGAACUAAAAUUGCAGAGAUGCCAAUGCAAAUGAGUACAUUGAAAAGCUUGAGAACAUUGUCCGCUUUUAUUGUGGGCAAAUCUACUGGGUCGACUAUUGGAGAAUUGGGGGAGCUUCCACAUCUUGGAGGAAAACUUUCAAUUUUGCAGCUACGAAAUGUAGUUGAUGCUAGGGAUGCCUUGCAAGCAAAUUUGAAGGAUAAGAAAGAUCUCAAAGAGUUAGAGUUGGAAUGGGGUGAUGAGGAUGAGGAUGCGGAUGAUUCCCAAAAGGAGAAAGAUGUACUUGAGAGGCUCCAGCCUUGGGUGAAUCUGGAGAAACUAACCAUCAGUGGGUAUGGUGGAAAAGAUUUCCCGAAUUGGCUAGGCGGCUCGUCCUUGUCCAACAUACAAGUCAUGCGUAUUAGUGCUUGUAGUAAUUGUUCGUCGCUGCCACCGGUUGGGCGGCUACCUACCCUCAAAGAGCUCUGUAUUAUGAAAAUGAAACUUGUUAAGACGAUUGGUGUUGAGUUUUAUGGCAGCACUGGAUCUUCUGUAAUUCAGCCAUUUAAAUCACUGGAGAAGCUGGAGUUUUGGUUGAUGGAAGAGUGGGAGGAAUGGGUACCAAGUGGAAGUGGAGGUGUAGAUUUUCCAUGUCUCCAGGAGCUCAGACUAUUCGAGUGUCCGAAGCUGAGAGGAAGCUUGCCUUGUGAUCUGCCUUGCUUGAAGAAGCUUUGCGUGGACAGUUGUGAGGUUUUACAUGAUCAAAGGGCUACUAGUGUUAAAAUGGAUUACAAACCUCCCGAAGAAUUGAUAAUAGGAGAAGGAUUAGAAACUCAAAGACGAAGACGUGAAGGGUUGCCUGUAGCUGCACAAACACUCGGCGCUGUGUUAUCAUUACUAGACACAAAGCUCCUGUCCAAACUUGUGAUUCGGAGUUUCAAUGACAUACAAUGCUUGCCCAAUAUCAAUCGUCUUCAAAGUUUGAGACUAUUUAAUUGUCCAACCCUGUCGUCGUUCCCCGAAGAUGGGCUACCCACUACGUUGACAUUUCUUUGGAUAGUCUUUGUAGGAGAUUAG